UGUGGUGAUGUAGUUACUUUAUUGUUUUGCUGGAAAUUUCGAGUAUAUGCCUUCUCUCUGGUUCACGUGAAACGCUACGUCAUUCUCAUCUGAAUCUACCUUUCUCGCUGCGACGUCUUCCGUGGCGUUGUUUCAUUCACCUUCUAAAGCUUGUUCUCGGCGCGGGACGCUUGCUCUUCUUUGAGUCGCCUUGACUUAGCUUCCACUCUUCGCCGACUGACAUGGAUACGAUGCGAAGCCUUCUCUCUGCCGCCGUCGAGAGUCAACCAGGAGGACAGUCCCUUCUGGGCUCUAUCAAAAUCGCUGUGCUGCCCAUAGCUAAAGUAUUUACUAUGUGUUUUCUGGGCUUCCUCAUGGCUUCCAAGUAUGUUAACAUUUUGCCUGCUAACGGAAGAAAGCUUCUGAAUGGGCUGGUUUUUUCACUAUUGCUACCCUGCUUGAUAUUUUCUCAACUUGGGCAAGCCGUUACCUUGCAGAAAAUGCUUGAAUGGUGGUUCAUUCCUGUGAACGUUGUUCUGGGUUCCAUAUCAGGCUCGCUGAUUGGUUUAGUUGUGGCCUCAAUUGUCCGUCCUCCAUAUCCUUUCUUCAAAUUCACAAUCAUACAAAUCGGAAUUGGGAACAUUGGGAAUGUGCCACUCGUCCUAAUCUCUGCUUUGUGUAGAGGCCAAUCCAAUCCUUUUGGAGACUCAGACAAAUGUAGCACAGAUGGGACUGCGUAUAUAUCAUUUGGCCAGUGGGUUGGUGCUAUCAUCCUAUACACAUAUGUAUUU